CCCGAUCCCUCCUUUCUCCCACCCCCACCCUCCUCUUCAAACCUCACAACUUCACAAAAUGGCCUCUGCCCUGCGAUUGAGCUCCAGCGCGCUCCGCGCCACCACUGCCUCUCCCCUCCGCUCCGCUGCCUUCAAUGGCUUCCGUUGCUACUCUGCUGGCAAGACUACGUCCCUGAAGGACACCUUCGCUGCCAAGCUCCCCGAGGAGAUUGAGAAGAUCAAGAAGCUCCGAAAGGAGCACGGCAACAAGGUUGUCGGUGAGGUCACUCUUGACCAGGUCUACGGUGGUGCCCGUGGCAUCAAGUCUCUCGUCUGGGAGGGAUCUGUUCUCGACUCCGAGGAGGGUAUCCGCUUCCGUGGAAAGACCAUCCCAGAAUGCCAGGAGGUCCUCCCCAAGGCCCCCGGUGGUGAGGAGCCUCUCCCAGAAGGUCUCUUCUGGCUCCUCCUCACCGGUGAGGUCCCCUCCGAGCAGCAGGUCCGCGACCUCUCUGCUGAGUGGGCUGCCCGCUCCGAUGUCCCCAAGUUCGUCGAGGAGCUCAUCGACCGCUGCCCCAACGACCUCCACCCCAUGGCCCAGUUCUCCCUCGCCGUGACUGCUCUCGAGCACGAGUCCAACUUCGCCAAGGCCUAUGCUAAGGGCAUCCACAAGUCCCAGUACUGGGAGCACACCUUCGAGGACUCCAUGGACCUCAUUGCCAAGCUCCCCACCAUCGCCGCCAGGAUCUACCGCAACGUCUAUAAGGACGGCAAGGUCGCUCCCGUCCAGAAGGACAAGGACUACGGUUACAACUUGGCCAACCAGCUCGGAUUCGCCGAGAACAAGGACUUCGUCGAGUUGAUGCGUCUGUACCUCACCAUCCACUCCGACCACGAGGGUGGUAACGUCUCUGCCCACACCACCCACUUGGUCGGCAGCGCCCUCAGCUCCCCCUACCUCUCCUUGGCCGCUGGUCUCAACGGUCUCGCCGGUCCCCUCCACGGAUUGGCCAACCAGGAGGUCCUCGUCUGGCUCCAGAAGAUGAAGAAGGCCAUCGGCAACGACCUCAGCGACCAGGCCAUCAAGGACUACCUCUGGUCCACCCUCAAGGCCGGCCAGGUCGUGCCCGGAUACGGCCACGCCGUCCUCCGCAAGACCGACCCCCGCUACGUGUCCCAGCGCGAGUUCGCCCAGAAGCAUCUCGCCGACGACCCCAUGUUCAAGCUCGUCAGCCAGGUCUACAAGAUCGCCCCUGGCGUCCUCACCGAGCACGGCAAGACCAAGAACCCCUACCCCAACGUCGACGCCCACUCCGGUGUCCUCCUCCAGUACUACGGCCUCACCGAGCAGAACUACUACACCGUCCUCUUCGGUGUGUCCCGCGCUCUCGGUGUCCUUCCCCAGCUCAUCAUCGACCGUGCCGUCGGCGCCCCCAUCGAGAGGCCCAAGUCCUUCAGCACCGAGGCCUACGCCAAGUUGGUCGGCGCUUCCUUGUAAAAACAUCGCAAGAGACAUCUUCUUUACCGAUGACGACGGGGUUCAUGGAGCGAUGAUGGUUUUUUGAAAAUGAAAUUGGCUUUAGAAUUUGAUCGGAAAAAGAAAAAGAAACAAUCAACGACAAACCACCGUGUACACCAACUAGAAAUAAUUCCAGGGAAAUUGAUUUUUGGGUGGGAUACCAGGUCUUCCGAUUUCUUUUUUUUCUCUUUCCUCAAAUCUCAUGAUUUAGCAUGCUUUGUCUCUCUCUCGCCGGAGAGCGAAACACAAACACACAUAUAUCUGUAGUACUACCCCCUCACCCCGCGCUUCCUCUGAAUUCAAAAAAAUUCAUCACAUUAACGAAACAAACAAACAAAACUCCACUCUCAAUUUCUUGACUUCG